AUGGCAACCAUGGAUCACCAUUCUCCCUCACAAUCCACUGCCAGUGCAAGUAGUAGUAGCAGUCAUAGCCCUCCUUGUUCACCUAAUCCCUCUCAUCCAUAUCAACAACAGCAACAGCAACCACAGCAUCGAUUGUUGAACAGAAUGUCUACCUUAUUUGGUGGUGGCAAAAAGAAGACUACUACAAACAACGGCGUUGCUUCGUCUUCCUCUGCUGUUCCUGUCACAGUCGAGAAUGAUCGUGAUAAUGACACUCUUGUGGCGUCUCAAGUGGAUUCCAUGUUCAAUGAGGACAGAAAUGCAUCUUGUGUGGAUUCAAUGUACUCUUCCAUCCGAUCUCGCCGUUCCAACUAUCCGCCUGUACCAAAUCCAGAUACACCUGCUCCACUGAGAACUGUGCAACUGGAUAAUCCAAUUGUGCAUUUGCCUACUCCACCUCCACAGCAACAACAGGAUGAGUCUCCGUUCAAACCAAACACAAGCGCCUCCUCCUCAUCGUCUUCUUCUUCUAUACCCCACACACCGUCUCCUCCUCCUCCUCCUACAACUGCAAGCAACUCCACACCCAUAGUAGAACAAAGAAAAUCAACACCACCCAAUGCCUCUUCUCAAAAGAUCGAGGAUGUUGAAGCACAGUUCCGCUUGCUAUUGAGAGAAUAUGCUCCCUCAGCAGACCAUAUGAGUAGCGUCAACAAUCUUACCUUUGAGCAAAAAGAAAUGCUACUUCGCUCUUCAAGAUCACCUGCUCUAAUCAAGAAGAAUUCCACCUUCUCACACGUCAUGCCAUCCUUUUCAUUGAAAGCAACUUUUGGUAUCAAGAAUAAAAAGAACAGGGGCACUGUCGAUCAGCAACAGUUUUUCAACACGGUCAAUAAUAAUGGCUCAUUUGCCAAUGAGGUGGAUUCUAUGAAUGGCGGAGGGCUCUUUGGCGCUGGUGGCAUUAACACGUCGGGUGGUUCCGAAAAUAGCAAACUCAUCAAUUCUGUCAAGGCAAACACUGCUCCUGGACGAUACGGUCGUCCCCGCUCUGCUUUGCCUCGUCAUGGAAGUAGCAAUGGCAAUGAGUCGUAUGGCAGAAGCACGUCCCGCAGCAAGCUCAAGUCUACGCCCGAGUAUUUUGUGCAUUUGCUACAAGAGACACAUGUCAGAGACUUGGAAGACUCGGAAGUGCUUGAUCUUCGCGUGUUUUUGCGUAGUGUGGUAGUCAGUUGGACAAGCGAGUUCUUGGCUCAAGGUGGUUAUGAAGCAAUUGCAAACCUGUUCAAGCAGAUGAAGGAGGCACCCAAGAGACUGCCAAAUGACAACAGAAUACUGCAGCAUUUGGGUAAAUGUCUCAAGACCAUCAUGACACAUCAGUCUAUGGGCACUCAAAUUGUACUUACAAACCCCAGUGCUCUGUACCAUAUUCGAGACAUCCUGUUUGGCCCUGCCAACAAGAAGCAAAAGCAAGUGUAUGGCCUGGAGAUCAGCACCAGAAGUCUGCUAUUGAACCUGCUGUGUACAUUGGCCACCAUCCAAACCAACCACACAUCCGAAGUGGAAUACGUACACGGUUAUGAUGUGCUUCGCCGUCUGUUACUGGAUCGUCCCUCGGAUGCCCUUUCCAAUGACGAGGACGACAAGAAGAACCAGCCCAAGCAUGUGUCUCCUUUCCCCAUCUCUCUCAAGACGGAUCCCAAGGAAAUCUUGCAAAUGAUCAUGGAGAAUGACCCCAAUGGUCAGGCUAUUGGCAGAGAAUACGAAUGGAAUCGUGAUGAGCUAAAGCCACGCUAUACUGCAUGGAUGCGUGAGCUUCAGUACACUGUUGAGAGGCACAUUGAGACUAUCACCUUUUUGGCCAGUGUAUUGAACUAUGACUUCAACAGUGCUUAUCGUCAAAUCAAAUCAAGACAAAAUGGACAGUCUGAGCCAUCUGGUAACAAUGCAGAAGCAUCCGGUGCUGUCAUGACAGAGGAAGGUGUAGUGGAUUAUAUUGUUACACAUCUGCGUCUUAUCCGUACUGUUGUAACGACACAGCCCACCACUUAUACUGGCAAUUAUGAUGAACGUGAACAGGAAAAGAUGCGAUUGGAGUUGAUGCUCUCGGGCUUUGAUAAGAUCUCAAAGAUUUUGAUUCAGUGUCCUCACCCUACUGUGCGUUCAUCGUACAUCAACUAUCUGAAGCCUCUUAUGAAUCCAUGCGCUGAUCUCUCGCUUCCUACUGGUGACACUACUCUGGAUGAAGAUGCAUCGCCUCCUCCUUUGCCUGCACGCAGCAACCAUCCUAUCACUAGUCGCUCUGACCCUCAUUUGAAUCAAAGUAGUAGCCGUCCUCGUUCAUUUGGUGAUGAUCAAGAAUUCACCAGUGAUAGCAGUGACGAGGAUGAUUAUGAGAUUUCAGUGUAUGCAGAGGACAAUUUGGAUGAAACGCUGCAACAUCAUCACUCGCUCAGGCAUCACCAGCAACUGCAACUGCAACGUCCGUCAGAAGAGGACGAAUCUGAGUAUGGUACUGUCAGAGACACUCAGUGGAGAUAUGAACAGGAGCCCUACUAUGAUGAUAUCUUUCAUGAUGAAGAAUACAUUGAAGAUCAUUUUAAUUCAGAAGAUGAUGAUGAGGAGGACAGAGAUGAUCAAGGAGAUGAAUCCAAUAUCUCUGAAAGUCGAGUAGAUUAUGCUUAUUAUAGCCAAGAAACUGAUUCUCUUUACAGUGCUCAUGAUGACAGACAACACUCUUCUACUGCUUCCACGAGAAUUGUCAACCUCAAUGCUCCCACUGCUGGCCAUUAA